UUAGCAUCGACCAUCUCCAAGCAGCACAACACGUGCGCCGGUGGUAUAUGGUAAAUGAAUAUUUUCAUUCUGGCACUUUAAGAGGAUGCAAAACGGACAAGGACAUCCCAGUUCGAACCACCCAGUCCAGGACAAGUAUAAUUUUUUCUCCGGUGCCCCACAAAACACAGACAUGCACAGGAAGAACGGCGGAAAUGCUGACAGACAAGGGAAUGGACACCACAACAACAUGAAUCAAGGACGUGGACGUGGACGUGGCCGCGGCCGUGGGCGUCGCGGUGGCCGUGAUGGUGACCACUCGGACUCGUUUUCCAAAUUCCGAGACCCUCAUCAGCAGCCAGACCAAAGCAAUGGAUUCCAAAGAGCAAACAAUGGAGGAGGAGGCAGUGUCGACCAUCGUAGGAAUCGCAGAUCUCGUGAUUCGAGAGGUGAAAAUCGCAGAGGCGGUCGUAACGGUAGCUGGGGUGCCGCCCCACAGGAGCCCAUACCUAAUGCUGUCUUCUACUACGAUCCUAGCGUACCACAACCACCAGUGUUGGGCGCUGGCUUGGAGGUGCCGCUGCUGCCUGAGGCUACCAUGAACUAUAUUCCGAUAGCAGCAGAAGCACCUGCAGAGCCGCCUGUCAUCGAACCGAAACCGACAGUGCCACCUGUUGGCGUUAACAUCAAGAAGGAGAAGAAAGAAUCGCCAGCUGUGAAGCCUGCACCGAAGCCUGUCGAAAAGCCAGCAGAGAGCAGCGAGGAGAGCUCUUCCAGCAGCUCUGACGAAAGCGUAGAGCCUGGUGAAGUGGUCAAAGCGCAAGCUGUAAAAUCGAAGGUGGAGGCACCAUCGGCCAAGGCACAAUCUUCCUCUUCGUCUUCCUCAUCUUCCGAGAGUUCUGACACUGACAGUGAUGAUAGUCCGCCGCCAGCUAAAAGCAAAGCUGCAUCAAAAGAGAAGGAAGCGAGUGGCAAGACAUCUAAGAAAAUGAAGAAAAGCCUAUCCCAGGAGGAUGUCAUUUGCCUGGGCACUCAGAAGCGACACUACACCAUAACCGAUGAGGAGAGCAGCGAGGAGGACGAAGCUGAGCAGCAGAAAUCCAGCAAAAGUAAAAGCAAGCAAAAACCCGACACUGGCUGUGCAAUUUGUGACAAGAAGGGCCACACAUCCUUCGAGUGCCAGAUGAUCUGCAGGAACUGCUCGGCUCAGUAUCAUGGCCUGAAGGACUGUCCAAAACCACCGAACUUGAACAUUGCUCUGCAGUCAUAUUUGGAGUACACCAUGCAGCAGAUGGCCGUGUUCAAUGUGGAGCAGCAACGUUUUGCCGUGCCAGCACUGUCAACCGCCCCGCUAUCGUCCACGCCUGUCAAGUCGAAGAAGGAGAAGGAGAAGGAGAAAAAGACUCCCAAGAAGACCAAGAAAACGCCACAGAAGAAAAUGAAGCUGGAGGCCGCCGAUGAUGACGAUGACGACGAUGAUGAUGAUGAUGAUGAUGACGAUGAAGACGACGACGAUGAGGAGGCAAGCGAGAGCGCAAGCGAAGAUUCUGAACCAUCCAGUGGUGAACCAGCACCCGUCUCUAAGCAAAAGCGGAAGCGGAAUACAAAGCAGACAAAUCCUCAAACUGCCACAACUUUACCACCACAAGCGUUUCCAUUUCCCAUUAUGGCUGCCGGCGCACCCUACAGCUCCAUGAUGUAUCCAUAUGGGGCGCCCUUUAGCUUUCCUAAACAAUAAGAACAGUUACAAUAGUGGGAAGUAGUUUUUUAGUCUGUUCUAUAAAUGAUUUUGGGGGAUAUUCCCGCCGCCGAGCUGUAAAAAUCUUCAAAAAUACAAACAAUGAUCCAUUUA